AGUCCAGCUGGCCGUGAACCGGAGGACCGAGGAGGCGGUGGCCGUGAAGAUCGUGGACAUGAAGCGCGCGGCCGACUGCCCGGAAAACAUCAAGAAAGAGAUCUGCAUCAACAAGAUGUUGAGCCAUGAGAACGUGGUGAAGUUCUACGGCCACCGGCGCGAGGGCAGCACCCAGUACCUGUUCUUGGAGUACUGCAGCGGCGGGGAGCUCUUCGACAGAAUCGAGCCUGACAUCGGCAUGCCGGAGCAGGACGCGCAGAGGUUCUUCCAGCAGCUCAUCGCGGGCGUGGUUUAUCUGCAUGGGAUCGGAAUCACUCACAGGGACAUUAAGCCAGAGAAUCUGCUGUUGGAUGAACGGGACAACCUCAAGAUCUCGGACUUCGGCUUGGCCACGGUGUUCCGGCACAACCGCCGGGAGCGCCUGCUGAGUAAGAUGUGUGGCACCCUGCCCUAUGUCGCCCCCGAGCUCCUGAAGAGGAGGGAGUUCCGCGCAGAGCCAGUCGACGUCUGGUCCUGCGGGAUCGUGCUCACUGCCAUGCUGGCUGGAGAACUGCCGUGGGACCAGCCCAGUGACAGUUGUCAGGAAUAUUCUGAUUGGAAAGAAAAGAAAACAUACCUCAACCCUUGGAAAAAAAUCGAUUCUGCUCCUCUAGCUCUGCUGCACAGGAUCCUGGUGGAGGACCCCGAGGUGAGGAUCACCAUCCCAGACAUCAGGAAGGACCGGUGGUACAGCAAGCCACUCAAGAGAGGGGCAAAGCGGCCCCGAGGCUCACCGGGUAGUGUGCCAGAGUCGCCGGGCGGCCUCUCGAAGCACGUCCGGUCCACCGUGGACUUCUCGCCGGUGCGCAGUGCUUCCAGUGAAGAGAGGGUGAGAUACUCCAGCUCCCAGCCGGAACCGCGGACGAGCCUCUCCGUCUGGGACAGCAGCCCCUCGUACCUCGACAAGCUGGUGCGAGGGAUCAGCUUCUCCCAGCCUGCGUGUCCCGACCACAUGCUGCUGAACAGCCAGUUCCUUGGCACUCCAGGGUCCUCACAGAACCCCUGGCAGCGCUUGGUCAAGAGGAUGACACGGUUCUUCACCAAACUGGACGCAGACAAGUCCUGCCAGCGCCUGAAGGAGGCCUGUGAGCAGCUGGGCUACCAGUGGAAGAGGAGCUGCGUGAACCAGGUCACUGUGUCGACAACUGAUCGGAGGAACAACAAACUGAUUUUCAAAGUGAAUUUGCUAGAAAUGGACGAGAAGAUUCUGGUAGACUUCCGGCUCUCUAAGGGUGAUGGAUUGGAGUUCAAGAGACACUUUCUGAAGAUUAAGGGGAAGCUGAGCGACGUUGUGAGCAGCCAAAAGGUUUGGCUUUCUGCCACGUGACCGCCCCAGCGGCUCUGGGACUCGCGGGGAGUGGGCGCUGCUCGUGGCUGACCCCCUCGAGAGCUGGUCGUGUGUGGCAGACCGCUAGCAGUCGCUCCGACGGGUUCUCUGCCGCCGUCCCGUACCUCCGGCUCUUCCCAUGUUUUGCAUACAAGCAAUACCACACCUGCAUUGUCAGUAGGGCUUCGGGGAAGGGAUGGCAGGACCCACUGAAUCGUCUUCAGCCCAGUUGUGUGUCUGAAUUGGAAACCUGUCGGGAGAGCCACGUCUGAGUUACGUGAGCGCUCCAGCUCUUCCGCUACUCUGUGGUCCCAUUUUGCUUUAUUCAAAAAGUACGUAUUUCCUCCACGUUGAUUUGACUGUAAGGAUGCGUCGGUAAAAGCUUAAGCCCUGACUUGCGAGCAGUAGACAUACCGGGCCAUGAAGUGAGGCCAGCUUCAGGAAACAGCCCAGCAUGUGUACCGUCUCCUCAUGGCCUGGCCGGCCACAGCAGCUCACUCUGGUUGCAGUGCUCCUGCCGGCGAUGUCUGCACCCUGCUUGUCUCUCAGUAGCCGUCGACAGAACCUCUCGGGCUCAACAAAUUUGACUAAAAAUUACCGUUGCACAUUUUAAGUGUUUUUCUAUGUUAUUUUCUACUUUCAUGGCCAUAUUUUAAUCCUUUACUACGGAAAUAAAUUCUAUU